AUGAUUCGCUGGCCCCUUUCGGCCGACUCCUCUCUGUUCCCCUCGCCCGUGCCCUCUGCAUACCCUCUCUGGCCUCCCGCGCCCGCUCUGCCCCUUGCGCCAGCGUUCCGCCCUCCGUUCUGCCCUCUUGGCGACUUCCGCCUGACUCGUACCGCCUCUCCCUCGAUCCUCCCCACCCUUCCGCCCGUCCCCACUGUGGCGGCGGCGGCGGCCUGCGCACCUCCCGCUCCUCCCAUCUGCUCGCCUCGCGCCACGGCCGCCCUUCUGGCGACGGCGACCAGGCGUCCCCCCUUCGGCUCUGCUGCUGGCGGCGCUCUGGUGAGAGCCUUUCCCCUCCGUAAGCCUCUCUCCGCGCGUGGCGCCAAUCGGGCGAGCGAGACCCGCUGUCCGAGGCUCAUCCCGCCGUUCGUCACUGCGCGCCUAGCAACGUUCCGGCGAGCGCCUGCCGCCGCCGCCCCAGCCACUCUGGUCCUGGCGCCUGUCAUGCAGGCGGAACUCACCCACGCGCCCUGCGCCAUGACGCUGACCCCCUUCCGGCGUGCGCGACCGCUCUGCCCUUCUUCCACCGUGAGGUCCGGACGCCUCUGCAUAGCGAGCGCCUACGUCCGGAGUCCCUCGGUCCUGCCGCCUGAAUCCCUCCGCGUCGUGUCCCUCCCCGCGGCUGCUGUCUUGACCGCGCAAUGA